CAGCAACAGAAAUAACACAACCAUGAGUCAGGACACUAUCACAUUACCUGCCGCUGCCGACUUCCACUUGCACUUGCGUCAAGGCGAAAUGAUGCGCAUGGUCACACCCAUGGUAUCUAAAGGCGGUGUUUCCCUUGCAUAUAUCAUGCCCAACUUGAGUCCACCAAUCAGUAACACAGACCAAGCUCUUGCGUACAAGAAGGAGCUUGAACAACUGGCUCCCAAUGUCACUUUCUAUAUGACCUUGUACCUGUCACCCCAGCUUACCAUUGAAGAAAUUCGCAAAGCGUCCAAGGCUGGAAUUGCUGGCGUCAAAUCAUAUCCUCGUGGAGUCACUACCAAUAGUGAUGGUGGUAUCGAAAACUACGAAGUAUAUUAUCCAAUCUUCAAGGCAAUGGAGGAGGAAGGCAUGGUACUUAACUUGCACGGCGAGAUCCCAUCCGAUGCCGAGAGCGAUAUUUGUGUGAUGAACGCAGAGGAACGUUUCCUCCCUCAGCUCGAAAAGCUUCACAAUGCCUUUCCUAAGCUCAAGAUUGUUCUCGAACACGCAACCUCAAAGGCUGCUGUUGAACUCGUCAAGCGUUUGGGCGACACUGUCGGUUGCACUAUUACCGUUCACCAUCUUCAAUUAAUCGUUGAUGACUGGGCCGGCCAACCCCAUCAUUUCUGCAAACCGGUCGCCAAAUAUCCUCACGAUCGCUCAGCACUCCAAGAGGUCGUAAGCUCAGGUAAGUUGACGGUAUUUUAUGCCAGAUUCAUUUUAGUGAAGCCAAGUAACCUUUCUUUACGCACAGGUCAUCCACGUUUCUUCCUUGGCACUGACUCCGCACCACACCCAAGAGGUACCAAAGAGACAUCUUGCGCUCAUGCUGGUGUCUUCACUACUCCUCUGGUGCUUCCUUAUCUCGCUCAAAUUUUUGACUCUCUCGGCUGCCUGGAUAAGCUAGAAAACUUUGCUUGUCAUUUCGGAAAAGCUUUCUAUGGAUUGUCCCAAAAGCCAGAAUUCGAAAAUGCCACCGUUACUCUGGCCAGAACCAGUUCUGAGCUUGUUGUACCUAACGAGUUUCAUAUCUCCCAAGAUGGCCAGCCUAGCUCUCUUGGAACUGUUGUACCAUUCUGGGCAGGCAAGCCUCUUGGAUGGCAGAUUGUCAAAGAUUUUUAGAUUUGGCCAUUUUAUACACUCUUGCCACCGAUUACAAAAUAAAAUUCUAAAAAGACACGCAGGAAAUGCUGCUCCACUAAUAAAAAACACACAAUGUUCCCAUUCUAUAGUAACAAUGUUCUCUUCUUCUUGAUUGGAACUCCCAAAGAGUUGGCGUCUACUUCGUCUUCGUGUCCUUGCGCACCAUCGCCUUCUACUUCAUGUGAAUAGUUUUCCAUGAACCGAUUUUUUGAUGCUUCAAACGUUUUACCAUCGAUAGAUUGACGAAUCGACUCAAAAAAGUUUGCAUAUUGAUAAAGGUUGUGGCUAAUGGCAAGAUAAUUAAUAUACAGU